CUUCCUUGUCUUCUUCCUCCUCCUCCUCCUCCGUCGAACGAACGAACGGCUGGGAGCUGCGAGCCCCUGUCUCCUCCUCCUACCUUAUCCCCCACACUACGCUUCGCUUCUUCCUCGCCGCACACGUCUCCGCCCUCCCUCUUGGAUUCUUCCCAGAUUUUUUUUCCCCCUCUUUCUCUAUCUCUGUGUCUGUUGCUAAGUUGCUUAUAGUUGGUUCAGUGAGCUCCAGCGAGAGGCCCCCUCUUCGGCUUCCCUGCGCCAUGAGCGUCGGACAGAGAUUUUGGUUUUGGUGCGACUAGAUUGAUUUCAUCCUAUGCCCAAAGCCUCUUCUCGUCUCUUCUCUUCUGCAAUUACUACAUGUCAGACUCUCUAGGUUUGCAUCGGAAUUUUUGAGGCGGCGGAUUUGUUGUUGGGGGACAAGACAAGAUUUGCUGCUGUUGUAUCGGACGCGGGGGAGGAAAAAUCGGAUCUUUAGUUCAUCUUGCUUCUUGCGAGAAGAGAAAAGAGAAAAAUCGGAUCUUUUUGUUAGGAGGGAGGAUGUCGGCGUUGGUCGAUCUGCUCACGGCUGUCUUCCGCCAGCCCACCCUCAAGGGGCUCGCCGUGGAGCUCGCUUCCCUCGCCGCGCCGCUCUGGGUCGCCGUGCUCGUCGGCCUGCUCAUCGGCUGGGCCUGGCGCCCGCGCUGGGCCGUCGCCGUCGUCGGCGACAACGACCAGGCACCGGCGGGGACUCCUGCUCUGCCGCGCCGCGCCGCCGCCGAUGACUCCUGCCGCAAGAACGGAGCAGCCGUCGUCCCAAGAGCUGCGAUGGCUGCCGCUGCGCCGGAGGAGGACGAGCAAUUGGCCGUCGGCACGGGAGAUUUGAUGCACCUCCGCCGGCUGGUCGAGGAGAAGGACGGCGGGCCGUCCUGGAUUCACAUGAUGGAGAAGACGCAGCCCGAGAUGCGGUACCAAGCAUGGAGGAGAGAUCCUGAGGGUGGCCCGCCUCAAUACCGCAGUAGCACUAUCUUUGAGGAUGCAUCACCAGAAGUUGUCAGGGAUUUCUUCUGGGAUGAUGAGUUCCGGAUUAAGAACACUUGGGACGACAUGCUUCUUCAGCACGAGACAUUGGAGGAGUGCACAAGGACUGGAACGAUGGUCGUCAGAUGGGUUAGGAAGUUCCCGUUCUUCUGCAGUGACAGGGAGUACAUUAUCGGUCGCAGGAUAUGGGCAUCUGGAAAGACAUAUUACUGUGUAACAAAGGGUGUGCAUCGCCCCUCUGUUCCAAGGAGCAACAAACCUCGUCGUGUGGACCUGUACUACUCGAGUUGGUGCAUUCGUCCAGUUGAAUCAAGAAACGGUGAUGGUUCAAUGACUGCAUGUGAGGUGUUCUUGUUCCAUCAUGAGGAUAUGGGGAUUCCGUGGGAAAUCGCUAAGCUUGGUAUCCGGCAGGGGAUGUGGGGCUGCGUCAAGAGGAUAGAGCCUGGCUUGAGGGCAUACCAAAUCGAAAGAACUGCUGGCGAGCCCCUUUCAAAAUACGCUGCCAUGGCACAUGUCAACACAAAGGUUGAUCCUGAUGAACUCAUCGCUGCAGAGGACAAGACUGAAGCUAGUUCAACCAACAACGUUGAAGCUGAGAAACCAAAGCACUGGACAGGCAAUAUACCCAAAGUCCUCCUUGUAGGUGGCGCAGUUGCCCUGGCAUGCACUUUUGACCACGGACUAUUGACGAAGGCUGUCAUAUUCGGUACGGCAAGGAGGUUUGCAGGACCAGGAAGGAGAUAGGGAGAUAAUAUUAGAUCCUGAUGAACAAUUCCAUGCCUAAGGUUCCCUGCAAAGUCGCUGUCGUACCAAUACAACAGAUGAUGCAGAUCAAGCCUUUUUUGUAGUUCAGAUAUGCCCUUGUUGCUGAUCCGGGCUGGUCUGUUCAUAUUAGAUCAGGUCAUGAGAAAAAAUAUGUAGUCCGAGAGCAAAAGGAGUUCUUUAGCAGACUAGGGACAUACUGCUGCUACUGCAGUUUCUGAGGAUUAGAACUAGUAAAGUUGUGAUUUUUGGACCAAAAAAACCGUUGUAUGGUGUACAAUGUAUAAGGCUCAGAUUUGAGUGCUAUAAAAUAUAGUGCCAUUGCUAGUUACAAGAA